AUGAUGGAGGACCACCUGGUGAAGAUCCCCAUGAUGCCGUCCUGUUCUCCCUCCGGGUCGUGUGCCAGCGGGGGGAGUGAGGACAGCCGAGGAGCCAAGAGCCCGGCCCCGGGUAAAGCCCUGAGCCCGGCCCUGGUCUGCAGAGUGUGCGGUGACACCAGCAGCGGAAAACACUACGGCAUCUACGCCUGCAACGGCUGCAGCGGCUUCUUCAAGCGCAGCGUGAGGAGGAGGCUCAUCUACAGGUGCCAGGCCGGCACCGGCAUGUGUGCAGUGGACAAAGCUCAUCGGAACCAGUGCCAGGCCUGUCGGCUGAAGAAGUGCCUGCAGGCCGGCAUGAAUAAAGACGCCGUGCAGAACGAGCGUCAGCCCCGCAGCACGGCUCAGGUCCGCCUGGACUCCAUCGACGUGGACCCCGACAAGGAGCACCUGGCCACCACCCGGGAGCCCACCUCCUCGUCCUCCUCGUCCUCCUCUUCCUCCUCCUCCUCCAGUGUCAUCACGUGGCCCCACAUCACCUCCUCCAUGUCCAUCACCUCCUCCGUGGCCCCCCAGCGCUGCAUCAGUCCCCAGAACAACCACCGCUUCAUGGCCAGCCUCAUGACGGCUGAAACCUGCGCCAAGCUGGAGCCCGAGGACGUUGACGAGAACAUCGACGUGACGAGCAACGAGCCGGAGAGGCCGUCCUCCGAGUAUCACAUGGCUCUGUAUCCGUCCAGCUCGGAGAACGUGUACGAGACCUCGGCCCGGCUUCUCUUCAUGUCCGUGAAAUGGGCCAAAAACCUGCCGGUGUUUUCCAACCUGCCCUUCAGAGACCAGGUGAUCCUGUUGGAGGAGGCGUGGAGCGAGCUCUUCCUGCUCUGUGCCAUCCAGUGGUCGCUGCCUCUGGACAGCUGCCCGCUGCUCUCCCUGCCCGACCUUUGCCCCGGCAUGCAGGGGAAAACCAGUUACACCAGCCUGGACCUGCGCCUCCUGCAGGAGGUGUUCAGCCGCUUCAAGGCCCUCGCCGUGGACCCCACGGAGUUCGCCUGCCUCAAGGCCAUCGUGCUCUUCAAGCCAGAGACUCGAGGUUUGAAGGAUCCAGAGCAGGUGGAGAAUCUGCAGGACCAGUCCCAGGUGAUGCUGGGACAACACAUCCGCUCCCACUAUCCCAGUCAACCAGCCAGGUUGGGGAAGCUGCUCCUCCUCCUCCCCUCCCUGCGCUUCGUGAACUCCGAGCGGAUCGAGCUGCUGUUCUUCCACAGGACCAUCGGGAACACUCCCAUGGAGAAGCUGCUGUGCGACAUGUUCAAGAACUGA